GUAAAGGAAAUAGUCUACAUCUCGCAAAGGGCCUCCCACCUUCUUCCCCAGGCAUCCCAACAGCGUCCCACCGCCGCCAGAGACCGAGGAUGAUUCAGCCGGCGAUGGUUCGAAUGGCAGCUAGGCGAGCUGUGGUCGUAUGCGGAGCCAGAACAGCAACCGCACCAACGGCAGGGCUGAGAGCGGCGAAAGCGGGAGCGGGGUGGUUGCCUCAUCGACGACAGCAGGAGCAGCAUCAGCAUCAGCAGCAACAAUGGUUUUCAGCGGAGCCGGCGCCGUUCAGCAAAAAGAGCGUCAUGUUUGUGUGCAAGCGGAACAGCUGCAGAUCCCAGAUGGCCGAGGGGGGGGCGAAGCACCUCGCCAGGGAUGACCUUGAGAUCUGGAGCUCGGGGCUGGAGGGGUCCAGGGUGCACCCGACGGCCACGGCGGUGAUGCAGGAAGUCGGCGUUGACAUCACCAGCCACACCUCCGACUACCUCCACGACUUCACGCCGACCCACUUCGAUGCGGUCGUGUCCAUGUGCGGGUGUGGGACCAGCCUGCCCGAGCCGUGGCAGAAGGCGGGGGUGUUCGAGGACUGGCAGCUGGACGAUCCGGAUGGGAAGCCGCUGGAGACCUUCCGCAGGGUGCGCGCGGAGAUCAAGGACCACGUGGAAGCACUGGUCGACAAGAUCAAGAGCGGGAAAGAGACGACGCAGGAGGAGAGGGACGCGAUGGCCAAGGGGCCUAACGAGUGUUGACUACCGUAGCCCCUCCGCCUUCCUUGGACCUUUCCCUCAUGUGCGCUGGUGACAUCGUUGGCUAUAGUCGGAGCCAUGCAGCGAUGGGAUGGAAUGGCGUGUGUGGUCGGUCUACUGCCGCGCUAAUCUAGUGGACUGUUGUUGUUCAUCGAUGGAGCCCCGUCAAUCCGCGGGGGGGGGGGGGACCCGGGUGAUGCACCACCAAGCUCUGCCGCUGCCAUUGCAUUUUUCGGCGGCAUAUUUUUCGAGUUCCAUUUCGAAAAUCGCCUGGGGACGGGGCGUGGCAUCGUCGGAAUCGAGACGAAUGCACCUAUUUUCUAGCGCGUUGGUGCAUCCCACGGGACCCCCGGCGUUUCACUUUUUUGGGCCAUGCCUUUUUUUUUUUUUUCAGUAGAUGGACGGAGAUGAGAGGGGGAAAACAUUGUCGGUG